GUAUUUAAAUUGAGACUGUAUUUGUAAAACUUGGCACAAUGUUUUCCUUCAUUACUUCGCUCUUUCCCACCUCCUACUUCCCGCCAGCGUGGUUGACUCUGGAUGGAAAUCCACUGGAGAGUUUUCUACAGGGACUGGCCGGUGCAUGUGGGAUCUCGGUCUUGUGCUCUCUGAUGAGAGUACAUUUAUUUUUAGAGGAAGAGAGCUGGAGUAAUAAAACCAAGAAAGACACAUCAAGUCACCAAAGCAGAGCUCAAAGUGGACUUGUAGGGAGGAUCCAGUUCUUCUUUGUGACUGGGAUUCUGGCUGUAGUGGGUUCCCGGGUGGCCUCUUUGGUGGUGUUAGAGUUUUCUCUCCGAGCCGUCUCUGCGUGGGUCACAGCAGGACCUGAGUCCAGGAACUUUCUGCAACAGCUGCUGGUUCAAAGCCAGUUCUCUCUGGGUUGUGCUUUAACUGCCAGCUUACAUUUUCUCCAUGAGGGGGCACCGCAGCGCUGGCUGUGCCAGCUCCUGGCAGCAGCUCUCAGCUGGUUCCUGGCUCGGCAGACCUCCCACCUGCUGCACCACGUCAUGACUUUGUAUAAGCUGCACAGCUCUCAGCGGUACUGCGGUAUCUGCAUCGGCCUGCUGUCGUCAGGCCGUUGCCUGCUGCCGAUGCUGUGCAGGAGUCUCAUCAUCACAUUCUGUGUGGCUGUGAUAGCCUCCAUAUCCAUCAUCAACCAACAGUUCCUCUCUGCCACAGAGGCCCUCAGGUUCUGGACACCACUGACUAUCUGCUACACCCUGCUGGUGGUGUACAUGCAGGAGGAGCAGCAUCGCCUGCCGAGCAGCCAGGCUGUCCUGAACACGGUGACGGUGCGUCUCGGUGGUUUGAUGGUGCUGAUGCUGACUGUGGGUCGCUGGGCCGACGUGUUCCACAUCCUGAUCUGCUUCCUGGGUGAGGCCAGCUGUCUCCUCCCCACAGUGGACCUGCUGGAUGCUGCAUCCUCACAGAAUGAAGAAUACUUGAAAACUCAGCAUCACUGUGAACUGUGGAGACAACACAAAGGACACCCCAAAUAAUUACUCCCCUUUUAAAUAGAUUAUAUAGAUAAAUGUGAUUGUUAGGAAUUCAUACAGCUUUACCAGUAGUUAUACUGUACUUUUGUACUGAAAUUGUAACUUUUUAUUGUCAUGAAUGU